UCAUCUGUGAAAUUCAUUACAACUCUCUCUCUCUCUCUCUCUCUCUCUCUCUCUCUCUCUCUUCCAAGUGCUUUGUCAUGGAAGUGAAAAUCACAUUUUUGCUUGCUGCUUCGUUCUUAUUACUCACUAGUCCUGAUUUUACCGCUACAGUUUUGGGAGAGGAAUUCUCAUAUUACAAGUUGGCACUCCAAUGGCCAAAUUCUGUAUGCAAUGUCGGUGUUCCUUGUUCAAAGAAACCCGAUGAGAUUAAAACGGACUAUCAAAGAUUUUUAAUACACGGACUGUGGCCUUUCUGGCCAAAUAAUUCUGCGCUAGCUCCUUGUCCGGGAAAUGAAUUGACAAGUAGCCAGGUGAAAGGUAUAAAAGAUUCGCUAAAAAAGUAUUGGCCAAAUCUUCUUCGCCCAGAUGACUUUAGCUUCUGGAAGUAUGAGUGGGCGACACAUGGUAGAUGCCUUGGUCUAGAGCCAUCCGUGUACUUCAACGAUGCAAUUGAACUUAGAACACGCUAUAACGAUUAUAUUGGUUUAAAUGACAAAGGUUGUCGACCGAGCCCCAAUCCAUACAAGCGGAUAACUAUCUAUAAUGCGUUGUAUGAAGCACUUGGCGAAAAACAUGGACAAUUGAAACGCAACAUGAGAAACGGUGGUUAUCAGCUGCUUGAGGUUUAUAUUUGCUUUGACCGUCAAAAGAAGGUUCGUGAUUGUCCAUUUCGGUACACCCAAUGCGGUGACAAUGAUCAAGUAUCAGUUCUUUACCCCACCAGCAAUACUGUGCGCCCAAUUAAUGGAUCCAAGGAGAUCCAAGGAUAGGGACGACCGAAGGGUCUGGAAGUCUUCUAAUAGUGAAGUAUGAAGCGCUGGAGAAGUACAAAGACAGACCCGAGAGCUUGAUCUAAGCUGAUUUAUGAACAACUGCAGAUUUUCUUGUUGAUUUUUCUGUUUUGCUGUUUGUGUGCUUCAAUUACAACUGUUGUGGUGGCUGAGAUACCCUUUUGAGUGGUCUAAAACAGGGUAAAUCAGUGACUAAGGUGGUGAGAGUUGAGCAGAAGGAAGGUUGAAUAUUUUCCUUACUGCUACAACAAGAUUUUCUGCACUGGUUUGGGAGUGUGCAUGUUGAUCUAUUGCUGUUUGUAUAUUUCUGUUUUCUUCAAUAACAGUGGUUUAAGGUUAA